AUGUUCAAGGAAUUCGCGACCAAAAACCGCAUGCUGGCCACGAUUUGCACGCUCCAGACCCGAGAACAAGCGGUCUUCCAGCGACUAUUUCAUCUGUUCGGCGGCUGCCCCGGGUGCAAGGUAAUGAGAAAUCAUCAAGAAAUCGAGGUCGAGACACCUCUUUCUUCAGAACAAGCCGUCUUCCAGCGACUAUUUCAUCUGUUCGGCGGCUGCCCCGGGUGCAAGAACAAGCGGUCUUCCAGCGACUAUUUCAUCUGUUCGGCGGCUGCCCCGGGUGCAAGG